AUGGAGAAAAAUUCCAGACAAACGUGGGCAAUUAAAGUGGAUUUCUUGUUUGCAACUGUGGGAGCUGGGGUAGGAUUUGGAAAUGUUUGGAGAUUUCCGUAUGUGUGUUAUCGAAAUGGCGGAGGAGUCUUCCUUAUCCCUUAUCUUGUAUGUAUUCUGUGCGUUGGUAUCCCCGUACAAUUCCUUGAAGCAGCUUACGGACAGUUCAUGUCAAAAGGCGUUAUAGGAGCUUGGAAGAUGUGCCCACUCUUUCAAGGUAUCGGUUUAGCUCAGGCUGUUUUAUGUUUCUAUUCCAACUUGUAUUACAACGUGAUCCUGGCCUGGGUCUUGUAUUAUCUGUUCUCCUCCCUCACCACUGUCCUGCCCUGGUCAACCUGUGGAAACCCCUGGAACUCUGACAACUGCAGCGAACACCACUGGUCUGUGAACUCUACACAUGCAACAUACAACUGGACGUCAUGGCAAAAUGCCAGCUUCACCAACGUGAGUGAUUUUCGGGCAAUGGAUCCUGCGACGGAGUACUGGGAACAGAAAGUGUUAGGGAUAUCAGCUGGUGUUGAGUUCAGUGGAAGUAUAAAGUGGGACUUGGCCUUAUGUCUGCUACUGGCAUGGAUUCUCGUCUACUUCUGUGUGUGGAAAGGCAUCAAACUAUCUGGGAAGAUAAGCUACGUAACCGUGAUAGCACCAUACAUUCUCCUGGUCGUCUUGCUUGUCCGGGGCGCGACUCUGACUGGUGCAGGGCAGGGUAUAAAGUACUUUCUCUUGCCUGACUGGCGGAAACUUGCAUCAGUUCAGGUUUGGGUGGAAGCUGGGAUUCAGGUGUUCUUCUCCUUCGGCGGAGGUCUGGGCCUUCACACAUCUUUGGCCAGCUGUAACAAAUUUCGUCACAACUGUAUGAACUUUGUUUUAAAGACUUUGACUGUUCCAGUUCUGUGUAACCUGUGUACUGUGUUCGUGUUCGCUAACCUGGCGAAGUACCUGUCUAGGACAAUUUGUGACUUGUGUGAAUUGUGUGUUUAUCCCAUGGUCUUUACAUUGGAUUUCCCGGAAUACAUUCCUUGGGAUACAAAGGUGAACUGGAAACUUUUAAAGACCGGACCUGGCUUGGCAUUUGUAGCAUACCCAGAAGCUGUGGCUCAAAUGCCUAUCGCACCAUUGUGGUCCUGUAUAUUCUUUCUCCUCCUCAUAUUUGUUGGAAUCGACAGCCAGGGAGGAAUUUAUGUAGAACAGCUGUUUGAGUGGUACUGUGGUGGACGGAUUAUCAUGCUGAUUGUAGCACUGGAGUGUCUGGUUAUCUCCUAUGUCUACGGUAUAAAUCGAUUACAGCGUAACCUGGAGUAUAUGUUGGGCUUUCGACUUAUUCCUUACUUUAAGGUCUGCUGGGCUGUGAUUACCCCUCUUUUCGCUGGGUUUCUGUUCAUCAUGGAUAUAGUGUUGUACCCAGAACAAACCUAUAACCGUAAGUUCCUGAGAUACCACUUUCCGGGCUGGGCCAUAGGCAUCGGUUGGACCCUAGCUUCACUAGCUAUCGUCUGUAUUCCUGGAGUCAUGGUGUAUCGUGUGCUGACUGCUAAAGGGACACUACUGGAGAGGCUGAGAUCUCAAGCAAACCCUGUUUUAACACAGUGGAGAGAAACCGUGAUAAAGGCUGUCUAGGGAUUCACCGAGCGAAAAAGACGUGGAAAAGAAUCCUGCAGAGCUUUCUGCUCUGAUGGAGUAAUGUGAAUGACGGGCUGAAUAAAGGGAGACCACUCGCUAUGAAACGACGAAAUACCAGAGUGGUGCGGUGUGGAAUUUAGUGUGUGGAAAGUUCGUGAGUGGACCUUGAUGUGGAAAUUAUUUGUUUAUCUUACAUUCAAAUCCUGGAUGUGUUUUUCAUUUGUUAUUCCGUUAAACGUGCGCUCAGAUUAUAACCAUCAAACCUCCAGAGUUACUUCCAGACAUAACGUUCAAUGGAGGUCUCACAUACCAGAGGCUUAGUUCGGAAUAAAAUGCAAGUGAUUACAGGUGCUAGCUAACAAACAAGGAAAAAUUUAAUGUAAGAGAAGGCCGAUCUUAAGAUUGGCAUUAACUGUAUUCAUCUGCUGGAAUCUUAUUUCAUUUUGAUUUAUAAAAUUAAGUGCUUAGUUAAUCAUGGUGUUCUGCUUACGUGGGGAAAUCAUUG